AUGCUGGCAAAUCCUAGCACCGGCGCCCUGCAUGGCGGCAUUUCUCGUCCCCGAAGCUCUCCGUUUCGACUAUCCAGUAGCCACUGCUGCAAGCUCCCCGUCUCUCCAACUUGCUCCCGUUGCAUUGGUCCAAGAAAAUCAAGGUCCCGCGCCUUAUCCCUGCUUUUACCGAGAAAAGUUGCCGCAAGUUUCGGCCGCGUUAGAGCUUCCGUUCAAGACCACCAAGUCCCGGAGUCGGUUGCUUUAGACGGAGCGCAGUUUUUCCCCCAAUACGUUUCUGUAAAAAUCCCCUACGGAGACAGAGAGAUAUUGGUUGAAACAGGUCAUAUGGGAAGACAAGCUAGUGGUGCUGUGAUGGUGACUGAUGGAGAAACCGUUGUCUAUACAUCUGUAUGUUUGGAUGGUGUUCCAAGCGAGCCUUCAGAUUUUUUCCCUCUUUCUGUUCAUUAUCAAGAACGUUUUUCAGCUGCCGGUCGAACAAGUGGAGGGUUUUUCAAACGAGAGGGAAGAGCAAAAGAUCAUGAGGUCCUCACUUGCCGACUCAUUGAUAGGCCAUUACGCCCAACCAUGCCAAAGGGCUUCUACCAUGAAACUCAGAUAUUAUCAUGGGUUUUGAGCUAUGAUAGUUUGCACCCACCUGAUGUAUUGGCCGUCACCGCUGCUGGGAUAGCAAUGUCUCUGUCAGAAGUUCCAAAUACAAAGCCCAUUGCAGGAGUUCGAGUUGGUCUUAUUGACGAUAAAUUUAUAGUAAACCCCACAAACAAAGAGAUGGAGAAUUCAGUGCUAGAUUUGGUGCUGGCUGGUACAGAUAGCGCUAUCCUGAUGAUCGAGGGAUACUGCGAUUUUCUGCCAGAGGAGAAGUUGUUUGAAGCAGUAAAAAUUGGCCAGGAUGCAGUACGGUUAAUUUGCAAUGAAGUGGCGGCUUUGGAGGCAAAGUGUGGAAAACCAAAAAUGCUUGAUGCUAUAAAGUUGCCUCCUCCUGAGUUAUAUAAACAUGUGGAGGAGAUUGCUGGUAAUGAAUUAGCCGAAGUGCUACAGAUUAGUAACAAAAUACCAAGAAGGAAGGCCAUUUCAGCUUUGGAGAAAAAAGUAAUUGGUAUUCUUACAGAAGAAGGUUAUGUUACUACGAUCUUAGAUUCUGGCGCUGCAGAGUCAACAUUAGAUUUACUUGAGGAGGAAGACGAGGACGACGAAGUGAUUGUUGAUGGUGAGGUAGAUGAAGGUGACGUCCAUAUAAAGCCAAUUCCAAAGGAACUUCCUCCCCAGUUGUUUUUGGAGGGUGAUGUAAAGCUUGUAUUCAAAGAGAUCUCAUCCAAAUUCCUCCGCAAGCGAAUCGUACAGGGUGGGAAAAGGAGUGAUGGGCGAACCUCAAAUGGAAUACGUCCAAUAGAUGCAAGAUGUGGCUUACUACCCAGAGCUCAUGGGAGCGCACUAUUCACUCGUGGUGAAACACAGGCCCUGGCUGUUACUACGCUGGGUGACAGGCAAAUGGCUCAAAGAGUUGACAACCUUGUGGAUAUAGAGGAAUUUAAGAGGUUCUAUCUUCAGUAUUCAUUUCCUCCAUCAUCCGUUGGGGAAGCAGGGCGAACGGGAGCACCUAAUAGGCGAGAAAUUGGUCAUGGGAUGCUUGCAGAGAGAGCUCUUGAACCUAUAUUGCCUUCCGAAGACAUUUUCCCAUACACAGUACGAGUUGAGAGUACCAUUACCGAGAGCAAUGGUUCCUCAAGUAUGGCCUCUGUCUGCGGAGGUUGUUUGGCAUUACAAGAUGCGGGUGUUCCUGUAAAAUGCUCAAUUGCAGGCAUUGCAAUGGGCAUGGUCCUUGACACUAAAGAAUUUGGUGGUGAUGGAACACCACUAAUCCUAUCUGAUAUCACUGGAGCUGAAGAUGCAUCUGGAGAUAUGGAUUUCAAGGUUGCUGGAAAUGAGGAUGGAAUAACUGCAUUUCAGAUGGACAUAAAGGUUGGAGGAAUUCCUUUACCCGUUAUGAGAGAUGCUCUACUACAGGCAAGGGAAGGGAGGAAACGCAUUCUUGCUGAAAUGUUGAAAUGUUCUCCACCCCCUUCUAGCAAGCUGUCUAAGUAUGCACCACUCAUACAUAUUAUGAAGGUGGAUAAAGAGAAGAUUAACAUGAUAAUUGGUCCAGGUGGAAAGAAGGUGAAGAGUAUCAUUGAAGAAAGUGGUGUGGAAUCCAUUGACAUGCAAGAUAAUGGCAUUGUAAAGAUCACUGCAAAGGAUUUAUCAAGUAUAGAGAAAUCAAAAUCUAUCAUCUCUAGGCUUACAAUGGUUCCAACUAUUGGUGACAUAUUCAGGAACUGUGAGAUCAAAUCAGUUGCUCCUUACGGUGUAUUCGUCGAGAUAGCCCCAGGGCGUGAGGGACUUUGUCAUAUUAGUGAACUCACUUCAACUUAUUUGCCAAAGGCAGAAGAUGCCUUUAAGGUUGGAGACAAGGUGGAUGUUAAGCUUAUUGAGGUGAACGACAAGGGACAGCUGCGCCUUAGCCGCAAAGCUUUACUUCCUGAUCAAGCUUCAUCCGGUGAUGCAACAAAAACCAGUAACUCAGGAAAGAAGGUUCAGAAGAAGUCAGCUAGAAUCUCUGGCAAAGAUGGAGCAACUGUCAGCAAAGAACAGUCAAAGAAGAGCAGCGGAGGUGGCAGCAGCAGUCUGAUUGAAAAAAGCAAAUUAGUCAACGGAGAGGCUACGAUUGGAUAG